AUGACCUCAGUGAUUCUCAAUCAAGAAGCUCCCACUGCCCCUUCUACAACAUAUUCCUAUAACAGUCGACCUAGAGUUGUGCCUGACAGGAAACGGUAUCGGAAAUCCAAAAUAGACAAUGAGCGUGAAGAAGGCUCUGUUCGCUAUGGAAACCUCAUGUAUGACCGGAGAGUGGUUCGAGGCAACACAUACGCUAUUCCUAUGCCACCUUGGAGUCCUGAACCAGAUCCUGCUGAGAUUCAGAGGCGACGAGAAGCCUACAGGAAAAUGCUUGCUAGAAGGCGAGCAAAAGAAGAGAGUGAGAUACAUGCUCCAGAGGUUGAUGACAGUGGAAAGAAAGUUGUUGUGCAAACAGAAUUAUACCUGGAAGAAAUUGCAGAACGCAUUAUAGAAAUGGACACAGAGUGUCAAACAGAUGCUUUUCUGGCCAGAUCAGCCAGCCCACUUUUCAUCCCAGAGAAGACUGGAGCUGAUGUAUCUACACAAAUUGAAGAAGGAGAGCUCUUUGAUUUUGACAUUGAAGUCAAACCAGUACUUGAAGUUUUGGUUGGGAAAACCAUAGAGCAAGCUUUGAUAGAAGUCAUAGAAGAGGAGGAACUGGCCACUCUUCAUGCCCACCAAUAUUACUAUCAUGAAUUGCGCAAUGCAGAGAUAGCAGAACUGCAUCGCCUCGAAGAACAAGAGAAAAGACGAAAGGAAGAAAAGAAACGUCGUAUGCAGCAGCGGCUGGAUGAGCAAGAAAAGGAGUCAAAAGUCUCUGAGAGAAUCGCAGCUCGAGCAUUUGCUCAGCAGUACUUGAGAAACCUCAUUCCCUCAGUCUUAACUAGCCUUCAGAAUAAGGGAUUCUUCUACAAUGAUAUACAAAAAGAGAUUGAGGAAGAUUUCCUUCCAUACCUAAUGCAGAAUGUAGAACAGAGAAUUGACAAGCGGCUUCUUGGAAGAAUAAUGACAGACUGCUUAAUAAAUGAGGUUGUUGGAAACAGGUUUUACAGCUUCGCCAGAACUAGAUUGCAUGGUCAACAGUCACAGAAAGGGAAAACCUCGCGACAGAAACAAUAUUCUGGGUCUAACAGAUACGGUCGCAGAGGAGUCUCUGAUGAUAGAUAAACCAGGGUGUCUCAAGAACAAUCCUCACCCAGAGAAUCAGAUUUUCUCUGGCAAGAAAAAAGAUGGAAGAAACAAUGGGAAAACACAAGAGGGU